UUAUUUUUGUGGCUGCUAAUUUCAGUUGGGGUAGGGUGGAGACACUUCCCCAGGCUUAUUAUCUUAAACGCUUUUAUGGAAUAUAUUUUUCUUGUAAUUCUGAAAUAUCGGGCACGGCUCUGAGUUCUCCACCUUAGAAGGAACUGCUGAGCACUUUUCAUCUAAUACCAAAACUAUGGAAACUUUAUGUAAUUUUCUUAGCCAUUUAAGUUUUAUGUCCUUAACCAUACCCUAUACCAUUGAAUUAAGAAACUAAUAAUAAUCUCGAAUUCUUAAUAGAAAAUCUGGCCUAGCAUUGGGUCAUUCAGUUAAUAGAAAACCUACAAGCACAGUUAUCGACUCUCUUGUUUACAGAGUCAUAAAACUAUCUCAACCAUAUCCCAUAUAAAAUUAAAACACCUUACAUCUGCUCGUGUUCCAUCCCACCCUUGCUAGAGCUGGUUUGGGAACAAUUCAGUUGCUACUGUUCCUAAACCAGUAAACCAGAUAGAAGUUCUUCAGGUGGAGUUGUAAUAUAUACCUUCAGUUUCGCAUUACAGCAUUCUUGUGUUAGAUGUAGUGUGGAGAUUUGCGUUGAUCUUAGUGGGAACUCUGAUCAUAUCACCACUAGUAUUCUGAUCAUUUCGUAGUAUUGGGCUUUGGUCUUAUAUCAACUAAGCAAGUGAUGCGUCUAGUGUUCUUCUUAGUUUGCUGGGUAAUGUGCAUUAUGCCUUGCUUUAGGAUACCUUAGCGUUGCACUUUUCGUUAGUUUUAGUAAGGGUCUAAUUGUGUCUUUUAUCAAAUUCCUUAUCACUAAACCCCAUUAGGGAGGGCAUACAUUAGGGAGUGGUUACUUCGGUUACAGUGCAUAAAAUAACUGGGUGUCUUUACUGCGUUUUGUUUCAGUCCUAUUGGUGAAAGAUGUUGGAAGCUCUUAUGCGCUCAAUACCUCAAACUGGGUAUAGUAUAGAGCCAGUUUUUGAUAAGCUCUGAGGAAGCCUACAGGAUGAUUGGCGAAACGUCAGCAAACCAUUGAUACUCUUUUAUUUUUUAGACUAUAAUGGCUCAUCGGCUCAUAUCGGUGUGCAUUUUUUGCUUUAUCUGCGCGACGCACUCCCCGUGCGCCUCCCAUGCCUCUAUAGGAUAUAUGGAAUUGAAUCGUCACGAUGGAUACAAGGAUCCAAAUAUACAGUGGGUGAAUGAGAAGAACCAACUAAAUUUAAGAGAAAAAUUUAACGAAGAAAGUAUCCCGGAUGUCGAAACUGAGGAUGGACCGGCACAGGAAAUUGGAAACGUUCACGAUAUAAUCGAGAGGAGUGUCCAAGAUGCGGGUGACAAGGACAAUAGUAGUUCGGACGAGGACUUUUUAAAAAAGAUAUUUUUAAAGUACGGCGAUGGCGACGUCAUGACGAUGGAGGGGUUCGGCAAGUUUGUAAAGCGGUUGCGGUUAUUGCAAGUGCUUUCGGCCAAUUUGGACCGCCAAGAUGAAUAUUUGGAGGGAGCGGAUUUCAAAAUGGAGGUGCGCGAAGUCACAGAGGAUAACAAAACGUGUUUAAACGAGGAACCUACAACUAAGUUUGUUGAAAAAUAUUCCUCUAGUGAAAACUUGUUAAACCGUUCAACUUUCCUCGAGGCUUGUCCCAUUUUAAUGUACGGCCUCGUGGAAAAUCGAUGCGGUUUAGAUACGGACGGGAAAUUUGAAGUGAUCGACAAAGAAUCGCCCAGGAAUACAAGCAUGGUGUACAUAUAUUCCAUCUUGGCCGUAAUCCUGAUAAGCGUGUGCGGAGUUUUGGCACUGGUCAUCAUACCGGUAAUGCAGAAAAGGUUUUACAAACCUCUGAUCCAGUUUCUGGUCGCGCUGGCUGUCGGUACUUUGGCGGGCGAUGCGCUGCUUCAUCUAUUGCCCCACGCCAUGGGUGCUAGCUCACACGAGGAGCAUCACGAUCACAACGAGAACACUUGGAAAGGGUUCGUGGCCAUGAUGGGACUGACGUUUUUCUUUAUCAUGGAGAGGCUCAUCCUUUUGGUGGGCAACUGGAGGAAACAGAAACAGAAAAGCAACGCUGUCGCGCACGCCCACGUCAAAGUCUUAGAUGAUCAGGGCGACAAGAGGAGCGAAACUCAAUGCAUGGACAGGUACAACCCGUCUCCUUAUUGCUAUAAAGACAUCAUGACGGACGCGAGGCUGGCUUCUAAUUCCGACCUACCGUUGACGAAAAAAUUGAAGCCGUCCUCAUUGGAGCAGUGCGAGGCCAACCGAAACCUACCCGAGUGUCAGUCGACGUUGAUCUCGAGUCCUUGCAUCGAGACGAAAAUGUUGCCUCGCGAUCACGAGGACUAUACCGUCAUAGUUAGGGAACAUGCGACCGACCACCACGGCCAUUCGCACAAACAUGGUCACGUCCACGCUGCACCCCAGAAUUAUUCAUCGGUCGCGUGGAUGGUGAUCAUGGGCGACGGCCUGCACAACUUCACCGACGGCAUGGCCAUCGGGGCCGCAUUUUCCAGCGGCAUCGCCGGAGGAUUUUCCACCACCGUAGCGGUCUUCUGCCACGAACUGCCCCACGAGCUCGGCGACUUCGCCAUGUUGCUCAAAGCCGGCAUGAGCAUUAAGCAGGCGCUGUUCUAUAACAUGCUCUCUAGUCUCUUGUGUUUUUUGGGCAAUAUUUUCGGACUGCUGCUUGGCAAUACGGAAUCGGCCAAUUCGUGGCUGUUCGCUGCCGCCGCAGGCACUUUUAUCUACAUCGCGUUGGUGGACAUGAUCCCCGAAUUGAGUUCGGCUCACGAAGACGAAGACAACCUGCUCCAGUGCGUGCUCCACUUAGGCGGCCUCCUGUCCGGAUUCGGCAUAAUGACUUUGAUCGCCCUUUACGAGCACGACUUGAAACACCUGUUCCGGGAGCCCGAAUAAUUUUAGGUUAAGGUCCAAAAAGUAGCAACUACUUAAUUUUUCCUAACGUAGGUAAUAGUUUUUACGUUUAACAGAGGACUGCUUACGAAUAUUUGUUUUCUAGUACUUAAUUUUCGUAUCUUCCCCCCUCGUAGGUUGUUCGUUUUGGGAGGAGUGUCAUUGCUGAUUUUUAUACUCGAAAAAAUCGUCAUUGUUAGAAAUAAAAAAAAAUCGUUGAUCGCUGAUUUUUAUAACCGGAAACUUCGUCAUUGUUGAUUUAUAGAGUCAGUCAUGGCCCAUUUUAAUUGUGAAAAAGUCCUCAUUGGUCAAAAAAUCGUCAAUGUUGAUUUUUAUAGGAAAAAAAUCUUCAUGCAUGAUUUUUAUUUUUAUAAGUUGUCAUUGCUGAUAUGUAUAUUGAAAAAAAUCAUCGUUGCUGAUUUUUAGAGUCAAAAUAAUCGCCACAGUUCGUUUUUAUUAUGAAAAAAAAUCGACAUUGUUCUUAAAAAAAUUAUCGAUGCUGAUUUUUAUAGUAAAAAUAUCUUUCAUGCGUGAUUUCUAUAGUAAAAAAAAAUCGUCAUUGCUGAUUUUUAGAGUAAAAAAAUCGUCUUUGCUGAUUUUUAGAAAAAAAAAAAUCGUCACCGCGGAUAUUGAUAGUCAUUGCUGCUUUUUAAAGUAAAAAAAUUCUAUACUAAUUUUUAUAGUAAAAAAAGUCGUAAUUGCGUUUAUAGAAAAAAAUCUCCGUUGCUCAUUUUUAUAACCCAAGAAAUCAUCGUUGCUGCUUUAAAAAAAAAAUCGUCAUCGCGGAUAUUUAUAGUCUUUGCCUGUUUUUAGAGUAAACAAUUAGUCACUGCUGAUUUUUAUAGUCAAUAAAUUCUGCAUUACUGAUAUUUAUGUUCAAAAAAUUCGUCAUUGCUGAUUUUUAUAAACGCAAAAAACGUCAUCCCUGAUUUUUAUAGUAAAAAAAUCGCCAUGGUUGAUUUUAUACUCAAAAACAUUCUCACUGCUCAUUUUUAGAUUUCAAAAAAAAUCACCGCGGCUAAUUUUUAUAUCAAAAAGAAUCAUCAUUAUUCUUUUCAGAUGCAAAAAAAUCGUCACUGCUGAUUUUUAUAGUAAAAAAAAUUGCUAAUUUUUAUAAACGAAAGAAAUCAUCAUCCCUGAUUUUUGUACUAAAAAAAUCGUCAUGGUUGAUUUUAUAGUCAAAAACUUUCCGAUAAAAAAAUCACCAUGGCUCAUUUUUAUGUUAAAAAGAACCAUUACUGUUUCGGAUACAAGAAAAUUAUCAAUGCUGAUUUUUAUAGUAAAAAAGAUUUUCGUGGCUAAUUUUUAUAAUCCAAAAAAUCAUCGUAGCUGCUUUUUAAAGUAAAAAAAAUCGUCACUGCUGAUUUUUAGCAAAAAAAAUCGAAACUGCUGAUUUUUAUAGUCAAAAAAAUGGUCAUCGCAGAUUUUUGUAGUCCAAAAAAUCGUCAUUGCCGAUUUUUGUAGUAAAAAAAACCACUUGUUACGAUGGCGGCUAAAAUAAUCGAUGUCAUUCUUCCGCUAAAUGAUUACCGUGUAAUCGCCAAGACUUCUUCAAAGCAAUAAGACUAACUUUAGCUGUUUGCGUUCGAUUUCGACGUAAAUCAUUAAAACGUUUCCUCUUCUUAGUUCCUUUAGACCCAAACUUGAUAUUAUUCGACUUGUCAUUUUAAGGCAACUUAAAGGCGUGCCCGUUUUUGGGGAUUCAUUUUUGGAUCUAAAUGUUGGGGAGUAUUACUUUACGCUUUUUAUUAUAACCUUUUUCAUUUUACAAUG